CUCCCACUUCGAAAUCAACUCAUAGCCGGAGCUCCGAUUAUGUCAUCUUGCUCCGACGAAGCAACCCCGACCCAACCAGUCGUCCUUGGUUGUGGUCAACUCUGUCUCGAUUACUUAGCCACAGUAUCGUCUUUCCCAAUUCCUAAUCAGAAGAUCCGGUGCACUAGCUCCAAGGUCCAAGGAGGUGGAAACACUGGCAACUCUUUAACAUGUGUUGCUCGUUUGGGUUUGCCUUCUCGAAUCUUAGCUAAGGUUGCUAAUGAUUCUCAAGGCCGUUAUAUGUUAGAGGAACUCGAGUCUAGCGGCGUGGAUACUUCGUUUUGUUUGAAUGCUAAAGAUGGAGCUUCACAUUUUAAUUACAUCAUUGUAGAUAACCAAACGAAUACGCGUACGUGUAUAUACACUCCAGGGUAUCCUCCUUUGCUCUCAGAUGACCUUACUGAGUCUCUACUUUUAUCUGUGCUUGAUGGAGUUAGAGUUUUGUAUGUAAAUGGAAGGUCCCGUGAAGCCGAAUUGCUUCUUGCGCAAAAGGCACAUAGCAAGAAUAUUUCAAUAUUAAUUGAUGCGGAGAAAAUAAGGAAAGGGCUUAACGAGUUUCUUGACUUAGCUGAUUAUGCUGUUUGCUCUACAAACUUCCCUCAGGAUUGGACAGAGUCACCAUCAUCUCCCAGUGCACUUCUCUCUAUGCUCAUUAGAUUACCAAAGCUAAAAUUUGUGAUCAUGACUUUGGGGGAACACGGUUGUGUGAUGCUCGAGCGAUGUUCCAAUGAGAUUUCAGGUUCAGAAGAAGAAACAGACAUAGAUGAACUACACGAGUCUCUGAAGCAAAGCACAGACUAUACAAGUAUCUUACCGGUCUGCAAUUCAUCGCUAGUGACUAGACUGGCAGGGAAUGUUACAGGGAGGUUGGUUAUAGUAACAGCUGAGAAAAUACCUUCCUCAGAGCUUAUAGACACAACAGGAGCCGGAGAUGCCUUUAUUGGAGCUUUGCUUUAUGGUCUGUGCACAGACAUGGCUCUAGAGGAAAUGUUGACAUUUGCAACUCGAGUCAUUUUGUGUAGGCUGCUUGCUGCUGCAGAGGUUUAGGAGCUCGAACAACUCUUCCAUUUCGUAGUGAUCCAAACCUUGCAACGUUCUUUGGAACACGACCGUAGUCUAAAUUUUCUAAGUCUUCUUGACGUCUCAAUAGAGUCAAAGUCUUAUAAAAACGUCUGUAUAUAAUUUUGUAUGAAAAAUGAAAUGAAAAAUAAAAUAUUGUAUCAUUGUAUGUUACGAGAAAUGCCAAGUCAGAUUCUCGUUUGUGUGA